CAGCGGCGGCGCGGGCGGCGGCUCUCGGCGCUCUGAGGCGCGGGGCGCGGCGGGCGCAGGGCUCAUGUAAUCAAAGAAGUUUGUUUGUUGUGUGUAUCUUUUCAGAACACAACAGGAAUUGAAAAUGAAUCAGAACACUGAGCCUGUUGCAGCUGCUGAGAGCCUGGCUGAGGUACCCGAACAUGUGCUUCGAGGACUUCCAGAGGAAGUGAGGCUUUUCCCAUCUGCUGUUGACAAGACUCGGAUUGGUGUCUGGGCCACUAAACCAAUUUUAAAAGGCAAAAAGUUUGGGCCAUUUGUUGGUGAUAAGAAAAAAAGAUCUCAGGUUAAGAAUAAUGUGUACAUGUGGGAGGUAUAUUACCCAAAUUUGGGAUGGAUGUGCAUUGAUGCAACCGACCCAGAGAAGGGGAACUGGCUGCGAUAUGUGAAUUGGGCUUGCUCAGGAGAAGAGCAGAAUUUAUUUCCGCUGGAAAUCAACAGGGCCAUUUACUAUAAAACUUUAAAGCCAAUCGCACCGGGUGAGGAGCUCCUGGUCUGGUACAAUGGGGAAGACAACCCCGAGAUAGCAGCUGCGAUUGAGGAAGAGCGAGCCAGCGCCCGGAGCAAGCGGAGCUCCCCGAAAAGCAGGAAAGCUACAGUCUCCGCCUGGCAUCCCGGUGCCCUCCUCCAGCCGCCCCGUACGUCACCAGGCAGUGUAGGAAUGUCAAGGCCACGGCCGCAGCCCAGUUCCAGGGACCCCUCUUCAAAGAGUAGAUCCUUCGCCUGCUCCCUGACAGCACCUGAAGUGACCUGGAAUCAGUGAAGCCAAAGGGACUGGCCUUCUGCCCUGCAGGGAGUACCGACCUAUUCCACUUUUAUGAGCCUGCGAGAGAAAGGGAGCGUGUGUGCGUGUGUGUGCGCGUGCGUGCGUGUGGUCUUCAGACGAGGGUCCCAAACCCCAGGGAGGCAGGAAGGCAGCUGAUUCCACACCAUGGACGACACUUGGGUGCAGCCCCCGGGACCGUGUUCUGCAGCUCAGCCUUCCUGCUGGGGUGGGGCCUCUCCUACUAUGCAAUUUUUCAAGAGCUCCUUGAUCCUG